CAAUUCGAUCAAGUGGGAUCAUCAUCAAUCUCCGACAACAAGCGCGGUGGAUACUUGUUGUGAAUAUUUGAAGUAGAUGUAUCCCUUCAAGCAACCUAUGUUUAUGUAGUGAAACAAGAGUGCCUUGAAUAUGAUUAAGUCAAUUUCAUAUCACGAUCCAAAAUAUGAAGAAGAACUGUUACGAUGGAACCACGUUUUUUAGAGUGGUUGAGUAAGUGUAUCAACUACCAAGGACGAAUACCAUGUCGCCUUCGUUCUCGUCGUCGGGAAUGCUUUCCCUGCAGAUGCUGACUGUUGCAUGAUCUUCUUCUGAGCCAAGCUCAAGAAGCCCGAGCAGGUGGAUGGGAUAGUCGCCUUUAAUUACGUGUAUGGAAUAGGUGCGGUUCAGCAUCAGCCGGUGCGUAGGGGCGACAUCGCUAAUGUGGUUCUCAUUCUUGGCGUCACUGGUUAGUCAGCUCACACUGACUCCAUUUCUCACCUUUGGCGCCCCAGACAGCGCGGCUGGUUCGCGAACUGAAUAGAGCUGAGGUGGUAGCUCUUCUAGCAGUGGCAGGAUACAGAAAAGAAGACUUUUAACAACUUUGAGCGGCCUCAUAUUUUUCACGUGAGACGGAACUUCAUUGCGGAUUCGUUGUGUGCCAGCUAUUUCGUUCACAAUCAGGGACCACUACCACAACGACUAGGCACGUGGCGUCUGGCACUUCACAGCUGGGAGCUGUUGCGAAUUUAGCAGAUAAAUAUACUUUGACCUGAAGAAAAGAUGCAUUGAUUACAGUGUUGUAAGAAAAUUCAUCCAAGAUAAGGGUAUAAUUUUUGAUCAUGACGAUCCAGCAAUGUUGUGGCUAGUAUGAAAUAGGGCACGAAUGAUUAUAAAAGAUUCAAUUGUAGUACUAUUGAACAUCAUGACACAUUCUUGAUAACCAAGAUGAAUCCACCAAAGAUGGAUUUCCCUUAAAUAGUUCUAAUAUUUUACCAGAGAUCAAAUGGAACGUACAGGAGAUGAUUCUGAAAGACACGGAGAAGCUUUUUGGCUUCAGGAUCAAGACUCUGGCCCAAAAGGUUAGUUCCACAAAAAACCUUUCUGAUCUGCUCACUGUUUUGAGGACUUCCAAGUCGGCAGAACUACGAAGUACAACUUCAACCAAAGUCGUCGAGCAACAAGCCGUCGCUCCUCGUUCGUAUCCGGAUGAUUUAGCUUCGGUGGAAGCCGAGUUCGAGGCGCUUUUAGCGCCGGAAAACCAGCACAAAACUACUGCAGUCGAAGAAGAGAGUGUACGUGUAAAGCAAGAAGACAAACAACUACAACCACGACUAGAAAAAACAUCAAGCACAGAUGAGAAGCAAGGACCAUUUUACUUCUUUGUAGACGGACGAUCUCUGCGAAGAGCGAAGGGGUUCAGAUAUGUCAAAUCUGAACACCCGGAGAAAGCUCACACGCUUGCUUACAUGAAGGAGGUACUCUUUGGAGCCAUCAGAGAUGAGGCUGCGCAACAGCAAAGUGCGGAUGUCGAUAGAGGGAAUAACUUGACGGAGGGCGCGGAUCAGCUUCCACCACAGCCUGAAGCCAAGCGUAGAAGAAUCGACGGAUGAAGAUGUUCUCAAUCGAUAAAGUACUAGAUGGUGUUGGUGAGUCGAUCAGGUGGUGCGAUAACUUCGUCCUGUGUCUUUCGUACAACGCCUUCGCUCUGAAGUUAGCAUAGAAAUUGGAUUAGGCCAGCAUAGAAGUUGAACAAGAGAAUAGAUUUCAGUUGUACACAGAACUCUCGUUUUUCAGAAUUUUUUUUCCCUCAAUUUCUGAUUCUCGCGAGAGCAACCCUCUUAACAUCAUUGGCGUAGAAUAUACAAGAACUACCACGCAGAUGCACACGACCUUGAUCACUGUCAGAAUCCAUUUAUGCACAAGUUGGUCAGCGGACCAUCAAUGUCGUGAUUCUUUUCCGGUUUAUGAAGCUCUUUUCCACCUGUAGUGCGGAGGACCCAUCGUUCUUCAUGUCGAUUGACAAACAUAAAGCAUGCUUGUGAAGGUUGAAGUGAUUUAGGAAUAAGACUAGAACUACUGCUGUUCCAGCAGCUCCUUCGUUCAAGUCGUGUCGUUACAAAGGAGAAACAGGCAAAGU